AAUAAAAAUUUAAUACUUUUUUCAAUCAAUAUACUUUCUUUAUAGAAUAAAUAAAAUCAUAUAAAUAAGGUUUAAACAUUGUAUAAAGAACAAGCAAGCAAGCAAAAGCAAACCUAAAUAGUAGUCUUGAAAUAAAAUAUUUUAAGAAUUAGAGAAUAGCUCUAUUGAUUUUGAAUUAAAAAUAUACUGAAAGAGUUAACUUAAUAACAAAUAAUUCAUCAAUACAAGAUAGAUUAAUUAAUUACUUUUUAUAAAUGAAGAAUUUCGCAAAACAAAUAGUUAAUAGUAUUCAAAGUAUGCAAUUUUAAUCAACAAAUGAUAAAAAAUUCUAGCCUCAGCUAAAUACUAAGUUAAUAAAGCUUUAUGAUUUUUAUGAAAUUUAUAGCUUAGAAGCUGACAGAUCUGUUACAAACAUUAAUUCUAACCUCUACAUAUUUAAGGCAAGUGGAAAAAUUAAGGAAGGAUAUGAGAAUUUAAAAGGCACUCCAGAAGAGUAUAGCGGUUUUCUUGGAAUAAUUAAUGUGUUAGGUGUAAAUUUUUUAGUUCUAGUUAAGGAAGUGAAUGUGCUUUUCGUUUUGGAUGGAAAGGAUAAAAUUUUUGAGAUUGUGUCUGUAGAAUUUAAAGAAAUUAAUGAAAACCCAGAGCAAUCUAAAUCAUCAAAAGAAGUACAAAGCUUUCUUGAAAAAAUAGAAAAGAUUUUAUCAAGCGGAGGUUAUUAUUUUUCCUACAAAUAUCCAUUAACACUUUCUUAGUAGAAAAUAUCCGAGCUUUAAAAUUAGUAAAAGCCAUAAUCAAGCUAAUAAAUUACCUCAUAGUCUCUAUAAAAUUAGCUUUUUCACUUAGUCGAUUAUGAUUUUAUGUGGAAUUAUAAUCUUAUGAAACCCUUAAUCUAGCAAAAAGUUAGUUUAGAUUGGCAGGCAUAGUUGAUUUAAGGUCAUGUAUAUAAUAUAGUUUCAUAUUUGCCAAAUUUAGCUUAUUACACCUUGAUUUCAAGACGUAGUAUGAAAAGAGGAGGCACAAGAUAUUCUCAUAGAGGAAUAGAUUCAGAUGGAAAUGUAGCUAAUUUUGUAGAAUCAGAAUAAAUACUCAUGUUACCAUAGGCUGAAUGUAUAGUUUCACACGUGUAAAUAAGAGGAAGUGUGCCUUCCUUUUGGUCAUAGAAAGGAUUAUCUGCAAAAGUCAAGAUAGAUUUUUCAAAAUAACUAAGCAAUUAGGCCUGUAAACUUCACUUAGAUUAUAUAAAUAAAUAGUACAGUGAGGCUACUUGUGUCAAUUUAAUGUAAGCUUCUAGCACUAACGAAUCCAAAUUAACUAGGGAAUUCGUAGAGUAAAUUUGUGAAGCUCCUAAUAGGAGGGAUACUAUUGAAUAUCAAGAGUUUGAUUUUCAUCAUGAGGUCAAAAACGAAAAAUUUGAUAAUAUAGAUUAAUUCAUUAAGAUUAAUACUUUAAGUAAUUUAUAAAGAUAUGGGUUUUUUAUUAGAAAUACUAAAGGUGAUGUCAUGAAAAAAUAAAAGGGUGUUGUUAGAACUAAUUGCUUAGAUUGCUUAGACAGGACUAAUUUCUUUUAACUUAGAAUUGCUUUUAUUGCAUUAACUUAGAUUAUUUUUUAGCAAUUAAAUUUAAAAUUUAAUAGCUCAACUGAAUAAGACAAAUUUUAGAAAGACUUUUAAUAGUGUUGGGGAGAAAAUGGAGAUAAUAUUAGCAUGCACUAUGCUGAUACUAAUGCAACUACUUCUAAUGUUGCUAAAACCGGUAAAUAAGGAGUUUUAGGUUUUUUGAAAGGAAAAUUCUCAUCUGCUAAGAGAUUCUUUAAAGGAAACCUAACUGAUGCAGUUAAAUAGUAAUGCUACUGUAUCAUACUAGGGGAGCACUAUGAGACAUAGGAAAAUUUAGGAUUUUAAGAAGAAAUGCAAAAGGAAUUAAAGUAAAGGGAGGAAGAAUUUAUAACAAAGAGCAACAUAACAAUAUUUGCUUGCACUUGGAAUCUAAAUGCUUAUCUUCCAGAAAAGACUACUCAUCAAUUAAACCCCAUUUUUCUCCAUAAUUAGAAAUAAGAUAUUGUAAUUAUAGCAUUUUAAGAAUUAGUAGAAUUAAAGCCUUAAAAUCUAAUGAUGAGCACUCACUAAAAGCAUAAUUCUCAGAAUUAUUGGGAAUAAAUUAUAUUAAAUAACUUAGGCAAAGGUUACUUUCUAGUCACUGCAGCGAAUUUAGUCGGAAUUUAGACUUAUAUUUUUGCAAAAAGUGAAAUGAAUGGCAGAAUUACAAAUAUUUAAUUUGAUAGCGUGAAAUGUGGUUUUGUUGGACAGUUAGGAAACAAAGGUGGAGUAGCAAUAAGAUUCAAUGUGGAUGAUACUUCUAUAGCAGUUUUAAACUGUCACUUACCUGCUGGUUAGUCUAAAGUCAGCGAUAGAAUUAGUUCUCUCUAACAAUGCAUUUAAUAUUCGUUUUAAUAAGAAGGAAUGGCUACCUACAAAAAGGAACCUAUUACAAAGUCAGACAAAUUAAUUUUAAUGGGUGAUUUAAAUUUCAGAAUAGAUAAAAAAUAUGCAGAUUGUAUUUCUGUAAUUAACAAAGUUCUAGAUUUUAGAAAGGAUUUUAAACUAAAAGAGGCUCAAAGCUUGAUAGAUGAAUAGCUUUUGAAUUAUGAUUAAAUUUAUAGUCUCAGAAAGUUGUAAGGCAGACCCAUUUCUGUUUCGAGUUUAUCUGGAUCAGGGUAAUAAUAGGGGCAAGGAUCGAUAGAAAUGCAGCAAUAAGGAAUCCCAAAAAGUAACACUUUCAGUGCUGGUGAUGGAUAAAAUAGCUUAGAUAAAGCAGCCGUUUUCAAAUUCCUUUAUGAAAAACGUAUUCAUUUCCUUCCCACAUAUAAAUUUGAUUCUGGAACUAAUAUUUAUGAUACAUCAAAGAAGCAGAGAGUUCCAUCUUACUGUGAUAGAAUAUUUAUUUGGGAUAUUGAAAACGAUAAUAUCAAUAUAGAAAACUAGUUUCUUCUUUAUGAGAGCUGCAAUAUAGAUAAUUCAGAUCACAAACCUGUAUGUGCAGUGCUUUAGUUCCAAGUUAAAUAAAUAAACAAAGAUAUAAGAGAGUAAAUAAUAGCAGAGAUAUUAAGUCUACAACUGGAAACAAACAAAGAUGUUGAAGCAUUAAGAAACACAAACAAACCUUAAAGUGAAAGUGAUUUAGAUCUCAAUUCAAUACUUUCAAAAAAUGAAAACAAUAACAAAAUUAGCAACAACAACAACAACAAUAACAACAACAAUUAUAAUUUUAGUGAAUAGGAGCUAGCAAAUAUUUAAUACAUAAAAAAGCACCAAAAUAAUGAUUUAAUAAAUUUCACUACAUAAACUACAGCUUGCACUUUCAAUAGCAAUAACAACAACAAUAUCAAUAACAAUAAUAAAAUACAAGGUGAUAAGGUGCAUCAAGGCACAGUUUACACUAGCAAAACAACAUCUUAUUAAAAUAAAAAUAAUUAAAACACUACUGUUUUGAGUAAUAAUUACAAUGAUUCUGGCACUGUUUGGAAUUUUGAUUUCAACAAUUUUAAUUAAAGUAAUUAACCAGAACAAACUCGUUAAACUAAUAAUUAAUAAAGCCAAUUUGCACAUAUGAAAAAAAACAAUCAUGUUGAUUUGCUUGAUGAUAACUUUUUUGAUACUCCCCCAAACCCAAAUCUAUAAGAUGAACUAAGAGAAAUAAAGUUGUUAUAAGAUGUUUCUGCUGCAAGUUAUGGACAAUAAUUCAACUUUGGAAGUAAAUAAGUCUCACAAGAAAAUACAGAUUUUUAUAGCUAAACUCCCAACCUUCUUACACUUGAGUCUGAUAAGCCUAAUUAACCCUAUGCUUCUAAUUUAUUACAUUAUAAUAGAAAUAGCCUCUAACAAUAUUAAUAAAACCAAGUUUUUUAAAAUAAUCAUAUGAAUCAAUAAUAACAUCAAAACUAAUAAAACAACGUCUACAACCCUUAAUUGAACUAUUACUUAUAAUAAAAUUAAAAUCAGAUGUAGUAUGGAUUUACAUAACAAAACUAGACUAAUUAUUAACAAAAAUGA